AUGGAAAUGUCGACUUCUGUCUGCUGCAUUUGUCCUUCUUCUUCUUAUCCAUGCUCGAAGCUGCCGCUGUGCCAUUCAUGGAUGCUCGCUGGAAGCAAUGGGGGACGGCGGGCUCAACUUCUUAAUCCUCUCUCUACCCUAUGCAUCACCAAUGGCUACGCAAACAGUGCCACCAGCUCCAGCAGUAGCAGCAGUUCUCGAUUCAGCGCCAGAACCACCAGCCCCAGCAGUGGGAAGAAGCUAUUCAAGAGAAUGGAUUCUUGCUUGGUGAUUCCUCCACAGACUGAAGGCAAAGCGCCGCGUGCAAUUAUCAAAUUCUUGGGCGGUGCGUUCGUCGGAGCAGUUCCGGAAGUCACUUACGGCUAUCUGAUGGAGCAAUUGGCCAAGGAAGGGUUUCUUGUUAUCUCCGUGCCCUACAAUGUCACCUUCGAUCACUCUUCAGCUGCUAACCAAGUCUAUGAAAGGUUCAAUUCUUGCCUGGACUCGUUACUGCAAAAUGGACUGCCUGAUUCCGACCUCACUCCUGCAAACCUCGCCGGCCUUCCACUUUUCUCUGUUGGGCAUAGUAAUGGGGCACUUCUCCAAGGGCUUGUAGGAAGUUAUUUCGCAGAGAGGAUUCCUAAGGCUAAUGUCAUUGUCUCAUUCAACAACAGGCCUGCUACAGAGGCUGUACCAUACUUUGAGCAGUUUGGGCCUCUUGUCAACCAGAUGAUGCCAGUUAUGGAAGCAUCGCCUGUAUAUUCUAUGGCUAGGACUGCCUCAGGAGAUGCUUGGAAGUCUCUACUUGAUAUGGCUGAAGCUAUAGUGCCAGAAAAUAGUCAGGAAGCCCUUGGUGCAUUCACAAAGUUCGUUGAUCAGUUGCCUUCGGUGAUGAAUCAGGUUACUGAAGGGAUAUCCGAAUUCAAGCCAACACCUGCCGAAAAUCGUGAUUGUUUCAAGAACUUGUACAAUGUCCCGCACACAUUACUGGUGAAGUUCGAUUCAGACACAAUUGAUGAGUCGGAUCUCCUUGAGGAAGCGCUGAAGCCUCGGAUUGAGUCCAUGGGCGGGACAAUAGAAAAGAUCCAGUUAAGUGGCACCCAUCUCACUCCAUGCAUCCAGGAACCAAGAUGGGAAGUCGGUGAUGUGUAUACUCCUGCAGACGCCAUUGCUCAAGGACUUAAAAGUCUUUCACUGGGUGAUACCCGAGGCCUGGCUAUAACCAUCAGUAACUGGCUUGCAAGGUUUGAAGACUAG